AUGGAAAAGCGCAUUUACCACGGCAAUUGCGGCCAUGAAAUGAGACCUACCGUUUAUAAAAAAAACCUGAACUAUAGGUGCGCUUGUGGUUUCGCAGUCUCAGCAAACAGAAUUGAUGCGGCAGCAAUGGCGUAUGGAAAUCUGAAUGGACGUUCCAUGCCGAUAAAAACUAGGCUCAGGCCAAAAAGAGUCAGCUUGAGACGCUCAUUCCGAACGCGUCCUUCUGAUCAGACGGCCAUUAUCUGCGUUGAUCAUCAUCCGGAAAUAAAGCUCUUUUACGAAGACGAAUGGGAUGACGAUUUUGCGUUGCGGUCCCCAAAACCGAGAAGGGAACGACGACCUAAGCAUAACCCGGUUCUUGAGGAGGAUAUUAUAGAAGAGGAAGAAGAGAAUGUCAAUGACAAUGAUGAAAACAACGAGAAUGUCGAUCCACAAGUGGAUAGUGAUCUUCCGGCCAUGCAAGAGCUAAAUGAGAAGAUUGCUAUAGCCGAAGAGUGGUCAUUGUACAUAGAGAGCGAAGAGGGUGAAAGGAUGAAAGCAGUGGGGAACAAAUUGGUGCCUUACGAGACGUACACGGGUCACAAAGCCACAGCGCACUUAUUUCCAAAACGAGAAAAGACACCUCCACCAUCUGAAGAAGAGGUUAAGGCUCUGGAUCGCGCGAGGUGCGAUUCUUAUUGGGCUCACGUAGAUAGAUUCCUCGGUCCAGUAAAGAAGAAAACUCCCGUUCGACCUACAAUCAUCAUGGCUAGUGGCACAAGCUUUCGUGCAGAAAGUGCAGCGAUUGAGAGAGUUAGAAAGAACACACGGUCCUUAGCAAUCGAGCCAAUUGAAGAAACCCCCGAAAUGCUAGACACUGAGUCGGCUUCUGUUGGAGGUGCAAGCUAUCAACAAAGAUGUAGCGAAGCAUCAACGGCUGUCCAUUCCGUCACUCCAAAGAGCCGUUUGCAAUCAACGGAUGGUAGAAAACAGAAACCCUCCUUGUUGACUGCUAGUCUUUUGGAUCUAGAUGAUAACACUCAGGCGGAGUCCCGUACAUGUCAAGAGUUAUCGUUUACGUCUAUUUGCGAUCUGGGAGAAUUACAAUCUCCAGUGCUUUUUAGUACACCGGUGCAGAGUGCUCCUCAAGCGCAAUCUACGCCUUUUGACCAAGCUAAAGAAAUCUUCACCGAAACCCCGGUACAGCGCACUGAUUUCUCAUCGCCGAGAUGGGCAAAUGUUACUGGAAGAAGCAAGGAACGAACGCUAUCAAGGUUAUCAAGGAAAUCUCAUGCGGACGAUGAGCCAAUAUCACCACCUCCGCAGGUAGACAGUUUUGAUGAAUUCGGGAGCUGCAUUAUACCUGAUAAUCCAGCAUCCACAGGUGUUGUGAAGGAAACUGAAGCUAUCAAAUGUGCCAGUAACGAAGAUGAGCAACUGUCAUAUAUGUUGGAGACCUCUUUGGAUCUAUCACUUCAUAAUCGAUCAGAACAUCAAAUGUCGUAUACUUCGAUGGCAACGUUGGGUGAGGAACUACCUUUACGAACCACUCAAAAUAUCGGAAACAUGACGAGGAAUGCUACGCAGAUGUCGAACACUACGAGAAACAUAACGCAUCUGACGAAUGCUUCUUUCGUGGAUAUACCGUUUUACUUGAGUGGAUGCGAAAAUGCCAUGACAGCAAGCCCACUGCAAACUCUUCUCUACGUUAUUGGACAACCUGAGGUCAUAGAGUGGAAUGAUUUGCCGAAAGACGUUUUUGAGAAUCCUAGAAAGCUUGGAGAAGGAGUGUAUGGGGAGGUCUUUGCCACUACGUAUAACGGCCGACCGACAGCAAUGAAGGUAGUUCCCUUCCAUGGCGAUAAAGUUAUCUACGCGGGGAAAGUCAAUGGGGAGUGUCUAAUGGAUGCUGCCUCCAUAUUGCCAGAGAUUCUAACAAAUAGAGAAUUGUCGGCUCUGAAUGAACCAAUAUCCGACUCCAGCACUCCAAAUUUUAUACAGUUGCUGAAAGUCAAUGUCGUUAGAGGUCAGUACCCCGAAGCCUUUCUUCGUGCGUGGGAUCAGUAUGAUGAAGAGAGGGAGUCAGAAAACGAUCGCCCCACUGAUUAUGCAAGUAAUGAACAGCUCUUCGUUACAAUCGGAAUGGCCAUGGGAGGCAUUGAUUUGGAGCAUUAUAAAAUGAAAAAUGAGGAUCAGGUACUGUCAACUUUACUGCAAGUAGCCAUAUCAUUGCUCGUAGCCGAGGACAGACUCGAGUUCGAGCAUCGUGACCUGCACAUCGGAAAUGUGCUGGUGAUUGAAGAGGACGCGGACUUGGAGUACAAGGUAAGGGGCGGAACUAUGAUCCUGCGAUCGUAUGGUGUCAAAGUGAAUAUCAUCGAUUUUACUUUGAGCCGGAUGCGUAAAGAAGGAACGACACUUUAUCGUGAUCUUGAAGCUGAUGAAGAAUUGUUUACGGGAAGUGGAGAUUAUCAGUUCGACAUCUACAGGAUGAUGAGGCAUGAGAAUCAAGGUGACUGGUUGUCGUUCAACCCAAAGACGAAUUGCUUCUGGUUGCAUUACCUUUCAAAAUAUCUCAUUAGCAAGCAAAAAUGCAGAAAAGCUAUACCAAAAAAGAGGAAACAGGUUCUUCAGUCAGUGUGGGAUCAAUUAUUAAACUUCGACUCCGUACGGGAUAUGUUUACGAAUAACGAGUUCAUCGAGGUACUAAAGAACCAUCUAACGGUUAUCCCGCGGUCUGAGUAAUAGUUUGUAGGACUAGUGUUGAAUGUUCAUUUUUUCGUCAUUUAUCUCUUGAUGCUAAUCCAAGUUUGCUAAACUCAUUUCCUCACGCGUGAUCAGAUCUCAUUUUAUUUUUAUGUGUUAACCUAAGUCUUUCACAAGAUGUUGUUAUUCUUAGUCUUUAGUACUGUGCAGCCACUUGAGUAUUAAAAGAAAUUGCUUUUUCAAUUUCUAUUAUAUAUUCUGUUGCUCGC